CCUUUAUUGUAAAGAGCAGACUAUGGGAACAAUGGACAGCAUUAGCUGCACCCCGCUGAAGCUCCACUGGAGAAAGCAAUCAGUACCACGGCCAGCGGCUCGUGCAGGUGACACGAUUUGGCGCCAGGCUCUACGCGCUUUAUAAAAAACCGUUUUGUCAUUUUUGUAUGGCCUCUUUGAAACUGUAUGUGGUGGUUUUAGGAUUAAAACGGUGAUCAAUAACACGUAAUUUGCAUAGUAGAGAAAAUAUGGAAAUGUAGGCUUGUAAUUAACGUAUUAAUAAUUAACGUCUCAUUUAUGGAUACAUUAAUAAAUAAUUUCUUACAGUUAAUCUGUUUCUUACCAGAAGGUAGCCUAUUGCAUGCAAGCUAAUUAAUGGCCGAUACACAUAAUUAUUUGUUUGUAUUUCCCCACUUCCACCUCCUUUUUACAGUAGCAUUCGCGUUAUCCAUAUAUGUUUAUCCGUAUGCUGUCAGACUAGUAGGCCUAUAUUGCCAAUUAAAUAGCCGUAGAGACUGCUUAUCAUUUUUUCUUGCUGCUAUGAAAAGUGAACCGGCGUAUGAGCUCUCCUUGUAAAAGCGGCAGUUUGGAGGCAAAUCACUGUCGGGGAUUUAAGGGCUAUAUAUAUCCUAUGUUCUGCUUCUGACAUGAAGCAGUCUGGUCCAUGUCAGAGAUGCACAGAACUCGGCUUCCGUAACCAAUUUAAACUGAGACCGCGCUGCAGCCGAGAUAACCAAGCACUUGGCCUCCGGUUAUAGUGCUGCAACAAGACAGACACGGUUGGUUGAAGGAAACAAAAAUUAAACAAACUGGGUUGGUUAAAAUGUCUGAGACAUAAAUCCAUGUAAGAAUGACUGAAGAAGACGGAGGCGUUUAUUGGUGACGAGGAGACUGUCUGAGGAGGCGUUGCAAUCUUAAUGUUGGAGGUUAUAUCCACAGGUGAAACACUUUUGUUGUAGGCUACGUUUUGAGCAAGGUAACAUUCAGAUGUAGGUAUAAUUAAACGGAACUGCAGUCGCAUUUGAUAAGGACAACAGAAAACAUGUUCGUGCGGUUGAUUUCAAUAUUGGAUAUUGAAUUCAGUCUUUUUUAAGGAGCGUAGAAUGCAACAAUCGGCACAGUUGCAUAGGCUUUACUUGCACGUUAAAUACAUAACUGCCAGUAUCAACAUCAAAUAAAAACUGCGACGGAAUUUCUUUACGGACAUUCCAGCACCUUAAGUAUUCCUCGGAAUGUUGUAAUUAACAAGCUGUACGUCAUAUAUUCUUUUUUUAAAGUUCUGAAUUAAAUGGCUUCCCUUAUGUGCUAGUGUGAACAUCAGUCAUGUGGUGAGUUGCACUAGCAUUUCACCGCGGCUGCCCACAAUCCUUCCCCAUUCUAUUUCGCCGCGUGCGAAGAUGAAGAAGCAGAACAUUCGAACCUUCUCUCUGAUCCUGUGCAUGUUUUCCUACCUGCUCGUUGGGGCUGCCGUUUUCGACGCGCUGGAGUCGGAAUCCGAAAACUCAAGGAAGAGAAUACUGGAAGAGAAACGCAACGACGUUAAGAACAAAUACGGCUUUUCAGAUGACGACUAUCGCGAAAUAGAGCGUGUGGUUUUGCAAGCUGAGCCCCAUCGCGCCGGGAGGCAGUGGAAAUUCGCCGGAUCCUUCUACUUUGCCAUCACCGUCAUAACGACGAUAGGCUAUGGCCAUGCAGCACCUGGUACAGAUGGUGGGAAGGUGUUCUGCAUGUUCUAUGCUGCGCUAGGGAUCCCCCUUACGCUUGUGAUGUUCCAAAGCCUGGGGGAGAGGAUGAACACCUUCGUUCGCUACCUGCUGAGGAAGACCAAACAGAGCCUUGGAUUGCGGCGGACAGAGGUCUCCAUGGAAAACAUGGUGCUGGUGGGUUUCCUGUCCUGUAUUGGUACCCUGGGCAUCGGGGCGGCCACCUUCUCCUACUAUGAGGGCUGGACCUUCUUCCACGCAUACUACUAUUGCUUCAUCACCCUCACUACCAUCGGCUUUGGGGACUUUGUGGCUCUGCAGAAGAAGGAGGACCUGCAGGAGAAGACGUCCUAUGUGGCCUUCAGCUUCAUGUACAUCCUGGUAGGCCUGACGGUCAUCGGGGCCUUCCUCAACCUGGUGGUGCUCCGCUUCCUCACUAUGAACUCGGAGGACGAGCGCCGCGACGCCGCGGAGCGGGCGUCGUUCAAGAGAGGGCGGGGCCGGGCAUGGGGAGCUUCGGGGAGGCACGGGGGGCUCAGUUCGGACGAGGACGAGUGCAGCAGGAGCAUGCUCUUCCUGCCCAUGGAAGAGAGCGCGAGCUGCAUCAACCUCAUCCCCUCGCCAAGUGAGGACCAGGAGCAGGAACUGGAGCAGCUGUACCUCCAACGGCUGCACCCGCCGAAAGCGGAGUCCCGCCUCCGCUCCCUCUGCCCCUGCGUUUGCUACCAGCUGGGCGCCUGCGACAGCCCCGCCCUCUCGCACCACGACCACCCAGGCUGCCACACCAACUUUGUCUACUACAGCUCCAUCUCUUACAGGAUUGAUGGGGGGUCCCACAGCUCGAGGGAAGGCACUGCGCUGUGCUCCUCUGAGGGGACCUACCUUUCCCCGCUUGCGCGGAGGAAUUCGUUGUAAUGCCUCGCGCAGAAUUCUCAGCAGAAAUUCUGCCGUUUUAACGUUGAAAUUUAUUUUUAUACACUGAGUAGAUAGAGAGGGUGAGCUGAGUAUUAUCUGUAAACAUUUACAAACUGCUUUAUACUGCUUCAUAUACUUGAUGUCCUAUUAAAGGAUAAUACUGGUAAUUUUAAUUUAUUCAGUAUCAUUCAGCAUGUCAUGUCAUAUGAAAAUACCUAAACUGAAAAUGUUUCUGUCCGUUUCUCAGUACUUUUUUCCUACCAAAUUUAGCGUUCAACCAGGAAAGUCAUUCAUUUCAGUUGUGUGCUGAAGUCAUUGAAUGCAGUGCAGAAAUACAUAUUUUCAUUUUCAGAAAAUGCAACCUGUUAUCGCAAAAAACAUGACCAGUGUAGUUUUUAUCAAAUUUACUUCAAAUUGUUCAUUUCAAUGGGGACUAUUUUUCAGUAUUUUGGUGCCAUGCCGAACUACUUUCCACAUACCAAAAAAGCAAUCGUUGUCACUUUGUACUUUUUUUACUGAAGCAAGUUUAUAAAGUAAUUAGUUCAUUGUAAUGGAGAAUUAUUCUGACUAAAGCAACAGUAUGUCUCUUUGACUUGUUUUAAUUGUUUUUUUUGGACAAUGGAGUUCUCUGCUUUCUGGUGAUUUGGCAUUGGCUAGAUGGAUAAUGAUUUUUUGUAGGGUAAAUUGUUGGUAAGUUGGGCAGACACAUUAUCGGCUUUGGUCUUUUCGUAGGGUUUGAUGAUGAUACUGAAAAAAUGAAAACUACCAGUGUUAUCCUUCAGUCACAAUGAUUGUUUGUUGAGCUGUUCAACUGAUUUAUGCUGCUACCAUUUUAUUUCCGCUGCAUGAAAUCUGGAUGUAUGGUUAUACAUGGAACAGGUAGACUGUGUCCCUCUUCCAACAAGUUUAUGAAACCUAAAGCAGGCCAGUCAAAAUCUCAAUGUAAUAUGUUUUAUCAUAUAUCUUAUUGUCAAAGCUAUGGCAAAGGAACCAAUGUCUAGUGGUGAGAACUGUGGCAUGCUAAUAGGAACUCUACAUUAAAGAGUAGAGCAGAUUCAAAGCAAUGUAUUUUAUUUAGUAUAUAUCGCUAGCCUUUAAAUGCAGGUAAUUUUUUUUUUU